UAUCCGGUCUCUUUUCCGUGGCGGACCGUCGUUGGGUCGGUUUGACAAAAUGAAGCUGAACAUCUCAUUCCCCGCUACUGGCUGCCAGAAGCUGAUUGAAGUUGAUGAUGAGCGCAAGCUGCGUACUUUCUAUGAGAAACGUAUGGCCACAGAGGUGUCUGCUGACCCUCUGGGAGAUGAGUGGAAGGGCUAUAUGGUGCGCAUCAGCGGAGGCAACGACAAACAGGGCUUCCCCAUGAAGCAGGGUGUGCUGACCCACGGCCGUGUGCGCCUGCUGCUCAGCAAGGGCCACUCCUGCUACCGUCCCCGCAGGACUGGUGAGCGCAAGCGCAAGUCUGUCCGUGGUUGCAUCGUUGACGCCAAUCUCAGCGUGCUGAACUUGGUCAUCGUCAGGAAAGGUGAGAAGGAAAUUCCCGGGCUGACCGACAGCACCGUCCCUCGCCGUCUUGGUCCCAAGAGGGCCAGCAAGAUCCGCAAGCUCUUCAACCUGGCCAAGGAGGAUGAUGUCAGACAGUAUGUUGUGAGGAGGCCCCUGUCCAAAGAAGGCAAGAAGCCCAGAACCAAGGCUCCCAGGAUCCAGAGACUGGUGACGCCCCGUGUGCUGCAGCACAAGCGCCGCCGCAUUGCCCUGAAGAGACAGCGCACCCAGAAGAACAAGGAGGAGGCAUCUGAGUAUGCCAAGCUGCUGGCUAAGAGGAUGAAGGAGGCUAAGGAGAAGCGCCAGGAACAGAUCGCCAAGAGGCGCCGCCUUUCUUCUCUGAGGGCAUCUACAUCCAAGUCAGAGUCCAGCCAGAAGUGAAAUCAUUAAGUCAAAUAAAGUAAAGUUUUGCUGAAAA